CUCAAUUCUUUUCUCCUUCUCAUGCAAAACCACAGGCGCGAUCCUCUCCUCCCCGCCCCUCGCAGACGAACCACUAGCGUUCGCUGGCAGCGCUAUGGUAUGUCUGGCGGCGUCGAAGGAAGAGAUCAUCGAGUUGUUGAAGGCGGAUAUAUAUAGCGAGAAUGAGGUGUGGGAUUUUAGUAAGCUUCAGAUUUAUCCGUACAAAUGCGCGUUUAGGGCUCCACUGGAUACGUAG